AUAAAGGCGAUCGCGCCGUAGCACAUACGCGAGAAUUCGCGGCUUGGCUUUUUUCUAAGAAGAAAUUCGGACUAUGAUUUCAGAAAUAAUAACUUUCUUUUAAGUUAAUUUUUUUCCUACUAUUUUUUCGUUGAUUACAAAAUAACAAGCUUCUUACGUUAUUUGUAUUACCGAAUAUUUUAAGAAAGUCAUGCCUUCAGAUUCAGAGGGAAAUCACAAUAAUUCAAGUGAUUUUAUCUAUCUGAGAAAGAGUAAGAUUUCGAAAAGUAAUCCAAAUUUGUCAAAAUUACAAGUCAAUCAAUUACAAGGAAAGACGAUGGACAGUUCUGGCGAUGAAGAUCACGAAAAUAAAUUUUCUCCAAGGAAACUUAGAACAAGGGGCAAUCUAAGCUCUAACUCAACUGCUCGUUACGGUAGCGGCUCGCAUUCGGAUGAUGGUGGUUAUAGACGAUCCAGUCUAAAACGGAAUAAAUUACUUCAUUUGGAUACUGGAUCGGAAUCGGAAAAAGACGCUGAUUAUUCUAUUAAGAAAACUAGAACGAACAAAUUGUCAGAAUCAAAAAUAUUGAAUUCUUGUAAGCAAGUCCGAAAGCGAAGUUCUUAUGAGGAAUCUCUUUACUUCCGUAGUAAUAUACGACAUUCCUCACCGAUGUACAUACGUCGAAGUAGUCGAAACAAAAAGGCUGUUUACUCAACUUUAAAUCAGUCAUUGAUUGGAGAUCCAGGAAUUUCAGAUUAUGAAACUAAGCAUAAGAGAGCAAGAAGCUCAGAUGAAGAUAAUAUGUUUAGGGGUUACGGAUUGAGGAAGAGAAUAAAAAGAGAUAUGUAUGGACUACCUGUCAAUUUUAACGAUGAAUAUGACGAUGAAAAUGGUGCAGCUGCUAACAUAAGCUCAAGGUCAUUACGAUUGAAGAAAAGAGAAGAAAGAAGAAAAGAGGUAGAAAUUGUAAACAAUUCAAAUGUAGAUCAAAAUGAUGAAGUGGUAGAAGACAACGAUAAAGAGAAAGACGAUGAAGAAUUAGAAGAAGACGAUGAUGAAGCGGGAGAAGUUAAAAAGAAAAAGUCUGAAAGAGUAGUAGAAAAUAUUGAAGUCGGUGGAGAGGAGGAGGAGGAGGAGGAAGAAGAAGAAGAAGAAGAAGAAGUAGAAGAUGAAGAAGAAGGCGAUGAUAAUAACAAGUCUCUAGGCGAUAUAAAACCACGACAAUAUUUCCUGAGAGAACGACGACAAACUGAAGAAAUUGAAUCGCAUCGUAAAACUCCCAAUUUACGAAGACGGAAAAAUGGAAUGAAGGAUUCGGUAUAUUACAAUUCCCCAGCAGUCCGAAGACAUAAAAGUCACCGUCAAUUACGAGAUAGGAAGAACAUUGACUUUCGUCAUUUUUUUAAUCCUACGUCUACACCUUCUUCAAUAUCAAAGCACCACCAUUCAGCGCAUCAUAGUUCGUCUAAUACUUCUAGUGAAACAGAUGAUGAUAGAGAGUUUGAAAGAAGGAAAGCAAAAAGUAUGGCAAGAGCAAGAAAUAGAUGUUUGCCAAUGAAUUUCAAACAAGCAGAUAUCACUUCAGUCGUCAUGAAAUCGCGUGUAAGGAUUGGCUCUUCCUUGGCAGAUGUUAAUCCGAUGAACAUAGAUAAAGAUGUUUCUUUCGAACAAGUUAAAGGAUUAUCAAAAUAUAUUCAACAUUUGAAAGAAAUGAUUUUAUUCCCAUUGUUAUAUCCUGAAUUCUUUGAAACUUUUGGUACUGAAUCUCCUAAAGGUGUACUAUUCUAUGGUCCUCCUGGAACUGGAAAAACUUUAGUUGCUAGAGCCUUAGCAAAUGAAUGCUCAAAACCAGGAAAAAAGGUUGCCUUUUUCAUGAGAAAAGGUGCCGAUUGUCUCAGUAAAUGGGUUGGAGAGAGUGAAAGGCAGUUACGAUUAUUAUUUGAUCAGGCAUAUCAGAUGAGGCCCUCCAUUAUAUUUUUUGAUGAGAUUGAUGGUUUGGCUCCUGUGCGUUCUUCGAAACAAGACCAAAUACACUCAUCCAUAGUUUCAACUCUUUUAGCAUUGAUGGAUGGAUUGGAUUCACGUGGCGAGAUUGUUAUUAUUGGGGCGACUAAUAGAAUAGAUUCCAUUGACCCCGCACUUAGGCGUCCUGGUAGAUUUGAUCGAGAAUUUCAUUUUCCACUGCCAGCUUUCAAAGCUCGUAAGGACAUUCUAAAGGUUCACACUUGCAAAUGGGAGCCAAAAAUUAGCGACUCGUUUCUCAUGCAAAUUGCUGCAAAAAGUCACGGCUUUAGUGGAGCCGAUCUAAAGGCUGUUUGUACCGAAGCUUCUUUGAGGGCUCUUAAGAGAACCUUUCCUCAAGUUUAUAACUCUCACGAAAAAUUGGCAUUGGAUGUUAAAGGAAUCAGAGUUGACGCAUCUGACUUUGCUAAUGCUUUAAAGUCGAUUGUCCCAACAAGUGCCCGAUCUGUUCAACCUGUCGGCAGAAAUCUACCUGGGAGAGUGAGGGCUAUUUUACAAGAUUCAGUAGAUCAUGUUUUGAAUAAGAUCAGAUAUGUAUUUCCUGAAGAAGUCACUAAGAACAAGUUGUAUGAUGAAAGUGAUGAUGAAAUGGUGGUAGUUGGCACUGGUAUACUGAUUUUCAUUUUUUUUACAUAUGGACUAAAUAAUAUUUUUGCAGGAAAUAUUUAUGAGGAUGAGCCUAACUGUAUUCAACACUUAGAAUCUACCUUGGAUCGAUUAACAUGUAUUUACAGACCGAGAGUACUUGUCACGGGUAAAGAAGGGAGCGGUUUAUACACAUACAUAGCUCCAGCUAUUCUAAACGCUUUAGAACUGCCAGUUUAUACAAUAGAUAUACUAGCUCUGAGUCAUGAUAAUUAUAGAACCCCAGAAGACGCUUGUGGUCAUAUCAUAAAACAAGCCAAAAGUACCUGCCCUUCUGUUGUCUAUUUACCAAAAGUCAACGAAUUUUGGGAUUUGUUAACGGAAUCAACAAAAUUAACAUUUCUAAAUUUAAUCAGGGAUUUAGAUCCGUCUCUUCCUGUUCUUAUUUUUGCCACUAAUUCUGAUGACGGGGAUAUUAUCGAGGAACUCUUUACAACGACUGAAAGUCGUAUAAAAUUGCCUAUAAUCUCUUCAGAAAAAAUACGUUUAUAUUUCUCAUCUUUGAUUAUGAAUGAAAUCCUACAGAUUCCUCCCACAAAAAUUAGUAAAAGCAGUUUACAGCCUCUUCCUCCAGUUCCAAUAAAUGAACAUAAGCAGUUAACUGAAAAAGAAUUGCGUAUGGUUCUUAAGCAAGAAGAAUCUGUUCUUCGAGAGCUGCGAUUAUUUUUAAGGGAUGUUAUAAAUAAGCUAUCUCGCGAUCGAAAGUUUAACGUCUUUACAAAACCGGUGGACAAAGAAGAAGUACCAGACUAUUAUGAUAUUAUAGAGCAUCCUAUGGACUUGAGCAAGAUGAUGUCAAAGAUAGAUAGAGAGGAAUAUAAAACUGUAAAGCAAUUUUUGGAAGAUAUAGAUUUAAUAUGCUUUAAUGCUUUAGAGUAUAAUCCCCCGUUGGAUGCCCAAAGUCGAUCUAUUAGGCAUCGAGCUUGUGCUUUAAAAGAUACAGCUAGAGGUAUCCUAGAAGCUGAUUUAGCAUCAGAUUUCGAGAAAAUGUGCGAUGAUAUUUACGAAGCAAGACAACAGAGGGAAAGUGAAGAAAAAAAGCAAGCACCUCAUGUAAUUAUUAACGAAGUUGACAACGAAAAAGAAGAAAGAGAUCAAGAAAGAGAUCAAGAAAAGGAAAAAGAAAAGAAAAGACACUCCUCUUCUCCUCUUAAUAAAUCGCCAGGGCGAAGUUCGCCCCAACGUACUCAUAAUCUUAAUAGUAAUUUAGUAUCAUUCGAUGAUAUACCAGAAUGUAUUCCUCAGCCAUCUCCUGGUCAUAAAAUUUUUAUGAAGCGAGUCAGGAAAGCUAGAUCAUCGAAACAUGUUCUCUCGCCUUUUUGUAAACCAACUAAAAUUAAGUAUGUUAAAGUUUUCAUUAAAACUGAUGAGAAUGGAAUAGAAAUUGCAAGAUAUGAUAAGCAUGGAAAAGAAAUUGAAACUGUCAAAUUAAAUGAUCAUUGUAACGUUGAGGAAGAGGUUAUGGAUGGUAUUGAAGAUGAGAGCCUAGAGAAAGAAGAAAUAAUAAAAAAAGAAGAGGUUAUUGAAAAUUCUCGUCAUGAGAAUGUAAUGGAAGUUUCUGAAAAGGAGCAGGAGGUCGAAAAGAAAUUGGAUAUCUGUAAGAGUGAGUUAGAAGUUAUUCUUGAAGAAUGCGUUCAAAUAUGUUCAGGGAAAAAUGUUGAAGAAAUAGAGUAUUUAUAUUCCAAUCUUGCCAGAGUAGCUAGACAUUAUGUGGAUAAAUGGGAAAGAAAACAGUUAAUUCAGGAACUGCAGUGUGUAUUAGCUAUGGAAAAUAAUAAACACAAAAAUUGGUAG